UGUCACAUCAGUGCCACAUUUCAGUGCCCAUCAGUGCCACCCAUCAGUGCCAAUCAGUGCCACCUAUCAGUGCCAGGCAGUGCCGCCUAUCAGUGUGCAUCAGUGCCGCCUAACAGUGCCCGUCAGUGCUGCCUAACAGUGCCCGUCAGUGCUGCCUAACAGUGCCCGUCAGUGCUGCCUAACAGUGCCCGUCAGUGCCGCCUAACAGUGCCCGUCAGUGCCGCCUAACAGUGCCCGUCAGUGCCGCCUAACAGUGCCAUAUAUGAGUG